CCGGGUCGGCCGCAGUCGCCAGACGCCCUCCACCGGCUCGCCACCGCAGCGCCCGCUGCCCUCUUCCCUGAGCAGCGCCAGCUGCCUCUUCCCUGAGCAGCGCCAGCUGCCCUCUUCCCUGCACAGGGAAAGCGACUGUGACGUCAGCAUGUGGCUGAUUGGAAGGCUCGUGCAAGUGGUGGUGGUGCUCGCGCUACUGAAUGGAGGGGCACUCGGCUGGGGCGGGCUCUUUAACCGCUUCAGCCCGGAGAUGCUGAGCAACCUGGGCUACGGCGGGCACGGCUACGGCGCCUACCGCUCCUCGCAGCCUUUACUACAGAGGUUUCACAAUCCGGUGGAGGUCUUCCAGGAGCUACAGGAAGAUGAGGAGCCCUGCUACGGGAAAAAAUGCACUUCCAACGAGCAUUGCUGCCCGGGAACAGUCUGCGUGGACGUAGAUGGAAUUGUAGGGUCCUGCCUAUUCGCGUACGGGCUGAAACAGGGGGAGCUGUGCCGGCGAGACAGCGACUGCGAGACGGGUUUGUUGUGUGCAGACUCCGCAGAUGGGCGCACUUGCCAGCCACCUCUCACCAACAGGAAGCAGUACAGUGAAGACUGUACUAUGAGCAGUGAAUGUGACAUCAGUAAAGGUCUGUGCUGCCAAUUGCAGAGACGUCACCGCCAGGCCCCUCGCAAGGUUUGUUCGUACUUCAAAGAUCCCCUCAUCUGCAUUGGUCCUGUUGCUGCCGACCAAGUGAAGGAAGACAUAGAGCACACUGCAGGGGAGAAACGUAUUACUGGGAAAGUGGCUUCAUUUAAUCAUAUUCGUCGCAAAUAAUUGGAAGACACAUGAUUACUUAAGGCCUAUAUAAAUCAUCUUGUGAUUAUGGCGUACACAAAGAAAGAAAAUAUUCAAAAAUUCUCUGGAUUUUGAAAAGCAUUACAUAGAAUGAAUGAGUGUCCUUGCAGUAGUUAAUCUCUGAAACUCCCCAUGUUCAUCGUAAACGUUCACAGGCUUAGAGUUUCAUUUUGCAUUGUUAUUAUGAGAGGAUUUUGAUAAAAUUGUUGUAGUAAAUAACAAGUUAAACAAAUUUCGCGGUAGUCUGUUUUCCUUAUCUCUGUAUCCUUAAGUGCAGUGGAUUUAUUCAAUAAAGAAGUCACUGAAAUGUUUUGAUAAGGAGAACAGUAUUAUACUGCUGCAUUGUCAUAGUACCUUUUAAAACUUUUUAGGAAUGAAGUUCUAUGAACGAAAAGCAUAUUAUAUUUCUACGAAAUUACAAAGCGAGAAUUCAUACUGAACAGAAAAAACUUGUUUUUAAAUAUUUGAUGAGAUAUUAAGCAUAGCAUGAUUGUGAAUCCCAUUUCAUUCACAACAUGGUGCAAGUGUAUGAGACAUUUCUCUGAUGAAAUUCACAUUCAGCGUUAAAGUAAAAGAUGGGCAUUCGAAGCAACCUAUGAAGCAUUAUAAUAUGUGACUAAAAAUUCCUGGAAAGUUACUUCGACAAAUCCUCUCAUAACUUAUAAAAUUAUGAGCUUCAUUUAACACAAAAAUGCUCUAAUGACUGCUGCAUAUAUGUUACCAAGUCUGUCCUAUACUCCCAGCAACCCCUGAAAAUUUAUGUAUCUAUGUUGAUGUUCCUGUAUGAAUAAAAUAUAUAAUAAAUCGAUGUUUAUAUUUAA